AUGACAAGCUCCGAUUACGAAACUUUCCGUAAGGUUUCUUUCAAAAUCGAAGAUGCCGAAGGCGAUGGAGUGCAAUUCCUGAUCGGGAGGGCGAGCUUGAAAGAUCCGGAACGAUUCGAUCGGGAAAACAAUUUUUUGUUUCAUGAAAAGAGUCUCAGCAAGAAGCACGCUAUGUUGUGCAUUAAACGGCUUUUCCCAGCUGAUCAAGACCCAUACGUUCCUUUACUAGACCAAUUCCGCAUUUCUGUGCAAGACUUGGGCUCUACUCACGGUUUGGUGGACUUGCAGUCACAGGACGCUGACGCUAAAGUCAUCGACUUGAAAAAUGGUGAAAGAUUUGGUCUUAUCAAACUUUACCAACCGGUAGCAGCCGGACAAUCGCGUGGUGCCAAAUUGAAGUUUCAGAUAAGCCUUAAAAGUAAUGAAUUUCGUCCAGAUGCUGAGAGCUUGGAUUUGGUGUUGAAUAACGUGACGUACGAGGACAGCCCAUUUACCAGUAGACCUUCUACGACGAGACGUACCGAAGACGAAGAUUUGUCAAGUUCUUGUUCGUCUUCUGAUUUGAAUUUUAGUGAAGACCUUGAUUUGCAUUUAGACACAUACGAACGGGGAAGUUUCACGCCCAAAGACGACACCUUCGAAAAACAAGAAAGUUCUUUGAAAACUAGCACUGGUGAAGAUGGAACUACUUUCGAACGUCCAUUAGAUGUACAGGUUCUGUUAGAAGACGAUGAUGACGGUGUGAGUAGUUGUGGCUCUGUCCAAGAUGAGAUCGAUGAAGAUAUUGUUGAGUUAGUUGAAGAGAACGAGGGUCCCACAAGCUCUUCGGACCUUGUUAUCACCAUCACCGAUCAAUCGCCCGCAAAACGUGUACCUACGGCAGAAGUAAGUAUCUCUCGUGACGUGACACCUCAGUGCUACGAUUGUGCUACGGCCGUUGAAGUGCAGGAAGAAGACGAGUGUGAACUUUCAUCUAUCAAUGAUGAUGUUUUCGAUAAGCAAAUUCGUAAGAGAGGUUAUGAGGAACAAGAAGAUGAAGAUGAAAUCGUUAGUAUCAAUGAAGUCAAGCGUUCAAAGACGACACCGAUUCCAGAUACGGCCCCAGGCGUCAUCAAGGCUGAUACAAGACAGGUUUUUAUUGGUGGUAUGAUUGGCUUUCUGGCAGGAUCAGUUGGUACAUUGGGUUUGUUAGUCGGGAUCGCUAACAUGGGUUAA